UGAUGGUCACGUGACUAUCAUAUGAUCAGUACAUUUAAAACAGGCAUUGGCAUUGUUUUUCCAGAUAUCGGUACAAGAGCGCGAAAACAAUGCGGAUUGCUGUUUUUGUCCUGAGCUUUAUUUGGCUCGUCAGUGGGGAGCUGCUUGAGGAUGACCAAGAUUCUUCCGUGCCUGAGGACUGGACUCUAGUUGAAGGGGUUAAACCUUUGGAGGAAGUGGAACUUACAUUUGCAUUGAAGCAGCAGAAAGUUAAGCAGCUGAAAGAGUUACUGAAACUAGUGUCAGACCCUGACUCACAUCAAUAUGGGAAGUACCUGAGUUUGGAAGAAGUGGCGGCUCUUGUGAAACCUUCAAAGCUGACUGAGAAUUUAGUACAGAAUUGGCUCCAGGGACAUGGGGUCAAAAACUGUCACACAGUUGUAACAAGGGACUUCCUUCAAUGUGUCAUGACCGUGCAGGUGGCUGAAGCAUUACUCCCUGGCGCUAAAUUUCACCGCUACAAGAGACAUUCACACACUGUGUUGAGGUCAACAUCUCUAUACUCGGUUCAUAAAGAUGUACAUCGGCAUCUAGACUUUGUGGGUGGUAUUCACCGUUUUCCACCAAAAGGAAAGAAUAUCAGUAAAGGCUGGCAAGGAGCAAGACAGUCAGCUUUAAGUUAUCAGUUGGGUGCCACCCCCUCAGUCAUUAGGGCUCGCUACAACCUUACAGCAGGAGAUGUGGGCACUGCCACUAAUAACAGUCAGGCAGUGGCACAGUUCUUGGAGGAGUACUACCACCCUGAUGACUUGGCUGAGUUUAUGCGUCUGUUUGCUGGAGGAUUCACACACAUGUCUGCAGUAGAUCGGGUCGUGGGCACUCAGGGUGGUGGGGAAGCUGGCACUGAGGCCAGUCUGGAUGUGGAGUACAUCAUGAGCAGUGGAGCAAACAUUUCUACAUGGGUCUUCACUAAUCCAGGUCGUCAUGAGUCUCAGGAGCCGUUCCUUCAGUGGAUGCUGCUGCUCAACAACAUGUCUGAAGUUCCUUGGGUCCACACUAUCAGCUAUGGAGAUGAUGAGGACAGCCUUUCUGAUGCCUAUAUGAACCGCAUCAACACCGAGUUCAUGAAAGCUGGCCUCAGAGGAAUUUCCUUGCUUUUUGCUUCUGGUGACAGUGGAGCAGGCUGUAGACACCUGACCAAGAAAAAUACAUUUAGGCCAAGUUUUCCUGCAUCCAGUCCCUAUGUGACCACGGUUGGUGGGACUUCUUUCAAGAGCCCCUUAAAAUUCAACUAUGAGGUCACAGACAGCAUCAGUGGCGGUGGCUUCAGUAAUGUGUUUGCGAUGCCAGAUUAUCAGGUUGGUGCUGUUCAAGCUUAUCUGAAGAGUGUUCAGCCUCUACCUCCUCAGACAUAUUUCAACAUCACUGGAAGAGCCUAUCCAGAUUUAGCUGCGCUCUCUGACAACUACUGGGUUGUUACCAACCUGAAGCCCGUAGCAGCUGUUUCUGGAACUUCGGCAUCAACUCCAGUAGUGGGUGGAAUCCUGUCCCUCAUAAAUGACCAGCGCUUUCUGAAGGGUCUUCCCUCACUAGGAUUCAUCAACCCUCGCCUUUACAAACUGCAAGGCAAAGGUCUUUAUGAUGUAACACAGGGAUGUCACAUGAGUUGUCGGGAUGAUAAAGUUAAAGGGAAGGGUUUCUGUGCCUCCCCUUCAUGGGAUCCAGUAACGGGAUGGGGAACACCAAAUUAUCCUGCUCUUCUAAAAGCACUUAUGGAUUGAGCUGCUGCCUUUUUAGUCAGAUUGCAAAAGAAAUAUCCACCCUUUGCACAGGAAAUGUGUUAGUUUUUCAUGUUUGUUGAUGCAUCUAAAUGACGAUGCCUUGUGUAAUCAUAUCAACAUAUCAUAGCUGGCAAGAGAAUUUCAUUGUAAACUGAACCUUUGACUAGUUGAUUUACCCUCCCACAUCGCUUCUCCCUGUCCAACAGGUCACACCACUUCAGUUCUUUCACAUGAGGUUGAUUUUUCCCAGAGUAAAGGAUCAGAGGUUUCCAGGUAUAGACCACAUGUUUAACAAACUUGUGGUUUAAGCAAAUCAUUGUGACAGAACAUUUAUAGAUUUCUCAAGAGAAGUGCAAUAUUCGCUAGUAAUAAAUUUCAGCUUCUUUUUUAAAUAAUUAAAAUAGAUCCUUUAGUCAUAAACAUUAGGUUGUUCCAAGGUUAAAAUGUAGCAUUUAAUCAAACCAGCCUAAUUACUGAACAUACUUGAGAGCUGCAUAAACCAAUGGCCAGUUUUUGACAUUUUUAAUGAGUUGAUUCCACAGAUGUUGUGAAAAGAUCCUCAGGGAAUUAAAUAUUGAAUGGAUUUGUUGUUCUGGAACUACUAGGUCUUUGGUACAAUUGAGAAUGUUUUUCUACUAGACGUUUGGUGCACUGAAUGUUGUUUGAGCAACUGGUCCAACUUGUUUUUUUUUUAAAUAAAGAUAGGAUAUUCUGAA